CUGCUUUAAAAAAUAAUCGCCCGGUAUUUCAUGGUGGUUCAAUAUUUCUUACAGAAAUAAAAAUCCUCUGCUGCAGCCGACCGCGACCGCGGCAUCCCUGGGGAACACACCCACCUAGCAACCGGGAGCGGAGCUGGAGCGUGGCGCAGCGCCUUUAAUUCCCAUUCCCGGGCUGGUGCGGGGGGAGCGCUAUGGAGAAUUUCCGCUCCCCCACCCCGUCCGCGGCGCUGGUGGCAUCUGUCACCUGUAAGGCGAGCACCGCGUGCGGGGGAUGGAGCCCGGCGCCCAUUGGAUAGAGGAGAACGGCAGAAACCUACCCCGGAGCCUGGGGGCCCGGCGGUGGCCGCGCGCCGCGGCCCCCGGCGCCUUUCUCGCCCAGACGCUCGGGCGGCGCGGGGUGAUCGAGGUCCAGCCUGGGGGCCACGCCCGCUGCUGCCGGGUGCGAGCGAUCAGGUUAGUCUGGGCGGAAGGCGGGCGUGCCACCUGUCCCGGCGGCCGAGCCAUGGCGCUGGCCGCCGCCGCCGCUGCUGCGGCCGCCGGGGUGAGCCAGGCGGCGGUGCUGGGCUUCCUGCUGGAGCACGGGGGCCAGGUGCGCAGCUCCGAGCUUAAGAGCCGCUUCAAGCCGCUGCUGGAGGCCGGCGACCCGCGCGGUCGCGCCGCCCGCAAGGACCGCUUCAAGCAGUUCGUCAAUGCCGUGGCGGUGGUGCAGGAGCUCGACGGCGUCAAGUUCGUGGUGCUGAAGAAGAAGUUGUGGCCCUGGGAGGGCGCGGGGCCCCAGCCUCAGCCCCCGGGCGACCCCAGCUGCCUGGAGGAACCCACCUCGCCGUCGAAGGUUACCUCCGACCCCCCUGGAGCCAACGCUGCCGGGGAGGCUCCAGCCUUGGCCUCGCCGCCGCGGUCUGGGCCUGGGGGUCUCGCCUCGCCCACAGAGCCAAUGGACACCCCCGGGCCCGCUGCCUCCCAGCGUGACCAGCCAACUGCAGAGCUGUCGGGGCCGGCGCUGCAGUCUGGGGGACCCUCGCACCUAGCCCAGCCGUGCCCCGGAGAGUCUGCGGACGCGGCCCCACCGUCUCGGCGGGCAGCGUCGGAGGCGACCUCGUCUGACGUGAACCCGCAGGCCCCAGAACCCGGAGCUGGGACCUCCAGGAAGCCGCCCCCCGCGCCCGCCCGCGCGCCGCCGCCCCCGAAACCCUGCAUGCUGCCGGUGCGCUGCGUGCCCGGCCCCGCGACAACGCGCAUCCGGGCCGAGGAGCAGGGCCUGCGCCGGCAGAUGUCGGAGGAGCCGAGCCCGCGCGCCUCCCCGCUGCUGCUCCGGCGGCUAUCUGUAGAGGAGCCGGGGCUGGGGCUGGGCCUGGGGCUCGGCCCCGGCCGCUCCCCGCAUUUGAGGCGCCCGUCGCGCGCCGGCCCGCGGCUGCUGAGUCCCGACGCGGACGACGCGCCCGCCGCGCCGCCGCCGGCCGCCGUGCCCCUGGAGCCGGCCGAGCACGAGUGGCUGGUGCGCGUGGCCGGCGGCCGCUGGUCCCACCAGCUGCACGGGCUGCUGCUGCGCGACAGCGGCCUGGCGGCCAAGCGCGACUUCAUCUCCGGCUUCACCGCCCUGCACUGGGCCGCCAAGAGCGGCGACCGCGAGAUGGCGCUGCAGCUGGUGGAGGUGGCGCGGCGCGGCGGCGCGCGCGUGGACGUGAACGCGCGCUCCCACGGCGGCUACACGCCGCUGCACCUGGCGGCGCAGCACGGCCACGAGGAGGCGGCCGUGCUGCUGGUGAAGCACCUGGGCGCGCAGGUGCGCGUGCGCGACCACAGCGGCCGCCGAGCCUACCAGUACCUGCCGCCCGGCGCCUCGUACGCGCUGCGCCUCCUCCUCGGCGACCCCGGCCUGCGCAGCCCCGAGGCCGAGGCCACCGGCGGGGCCAGCGGCAGCUUUGCGGCCCGGCGCCCGGUCCAGGUGGCCGCCACCAUCCUCAGUUCCACCACCAGCGCGUUUCUAGGCGUCCUCACCGAGGACCCCAUGUUCCAGGAACUGACCCGCGGCUUGAAGAAAUCCAGUUCCUUCAGCAAGUUAUUGGGUGCCUCCCCGCUGGUUCCUCGUAAAAAGACCAAGACCCGCGGGGUCCUGCCAGCCUUUGGCGAAAUCCCCCGCCGAUCUACUACUGCCGGGCCUUUCUCCGGUCUGGUGCCUACUCUGCCACCCACAACCUGACGGGCCCUGAGCCUCCUGGCUGCUCCCUGAAGUCUAAGGUUGUGCAAGUGAAUUGCCCGAAUCUGGGCCUCCAGCCCGUUUCCCGCCUUGCGCACCGCCACGUGUGGGCCCCUGUGAUGGGCCAAGGCCUUUUGCUGGAAGCUCCAGCUGUCUCCAGACAAGGAAUGCAACAUCCCAGUGAGUGCCUCUGGGGAAGAGCUGCUGGAGGCACGCCUGGACUUUGGGGAUUGGGGGGACUUGAAGUUUAGGGUCAAAGGUGGAAGGGGCAGCAGCUGGUCUGGGCCCUCACCUCAUGCCUCUGAGCCCAUCCACUCCCAAGCCAGAUGUAGAGUCUGAGAUGUUGGCCGUUUUCAGUUCUAAAGAGAUAAGUGGUUUUGUAACUUGGUACUUUUAUCCUGUUUAUAAAUUGAAGUGAGGUAGAAUAAGUUUCAUAAUAAUAACCUUUUGAAAUGGUAUUUUUCCAUGUUUAAGCAAAGUGCUCCGGCAUUUGCAGUAUUUUGCUAUUUUGGAAUUCUCUUUAAAAUAAUGAUACAAACAAAGGUUAUUCUUGACCAACAAAAUCUUUAAACACUUAUCUACCUCCUUUUAGGCAAUGCAGAUUCCUGAGUCUUGAACACAGAUGAGCAUUAUGACCAUUGUGAAUGUAAUUCAUUUCAGUUAUACUGUGAAUGCGAAAUACUGGGACAAGUGCAUCUUGGGAGUAAAUGUGACAUAACAGAGGAAAAAGACUUGGAAAAUACUUUUAAUCUUGUGGUUGCCUUGAUGGGGAAAUAUAAACAUUUCUUUGCCACUUGUGGGUAGCUAUUUUGAUGUUGUGAAUAAUUUUUCAAGUCUGAUUUAACUGUGAAUUGCACUUUUGUGCUGUAUUUCUGAACCUGUAGUUUUUCAAAUCUGGCAGAACAUUUUAGACAGUAGGUGAAUAUUCAGGG